CAGAGAAAGCCCGUGCACAGCAACCAAGACUCAAUGCAACCAAAAAUAAAUAAUAAAAAAAAAAAGAAGACGAAGGAAGGAUGAGGAAAAGAUAGUAGUGCUAAUGUGUUCAUCUUUCUGAUUGUUGGAACAAGAGAAACUGAGGGGCUGCUUCCCCACCUGAACCUGAGACUGCCAGAACAACUUGUCCAGACCACCAGGGACCUGAGAGCAGAGAGAAUAUCUGCUGCCUGGCAGCCCUGCGUGGGGCUUUCCAGCAUCAAAAUAGACGAACCAGGGCUUCCCUGGUGGCGCAGUGGUUGAGAGUCCGCCUGCCGAUGCAGGGGACACGGGUUCGUGCCCCGGUCCAGGAAGAUCCCACGUGCCGCGGAGCGGCUGGGCCCGUGAGCCAUGGCCGCUGAGCCUGCGAGUCCGGAGCCUGUGCCCCGCAACGGGAAAGGCCACAACAGUGAGAGGCCCACGUACCGCAAAAAAAAAAAAAAAAAAAUAGAUGAACCAGGGUACAGAGGACUUUCCACCUUUCAGAAAGGAUUUUGGCUCACUGUUGGAAAGGACCUUGCCGCGGAUAGCAUCACCCCAGCCCAGGAGUUCACUGCUAAAGAGGACUUCGCGUCCUCCUCAAGCUCUUACGCAGAAUUACCCCUUGGACUCAACCCAGCUGUGUCGCUCCACACUUACAGCAGCCUCUCCUACUCCUCCCCUAAGCGUCUCCGGGACCAUUUACAGCAAUAUCACCCAUGGGGUGUCUACCUUCCAGAGCUAGCCGCUUACUUCCCCCGGGAUCCUGCUAUAGUCUACCCUGCCUGGUAAACUUUCCUAAAGAGCUGCUGAAUCUUCAGUCAUCUGGUCGACCUUCCAAAGCAUCCCUCCAAAGCAGAGCCAGCUUUUCUUCAAGCCCCAGCCCAUGUUUUCUACAUAAAUCCUAGUGGUCAUUCUCAGCAUCCGUGGAAGCUGGGAAAUGUAGCGUUUUAUCUGGAUACAACAACAAUAUUUAUUUCCUAAAUAAAAUUGUGGUUCUGAAGGUAAGAAAGAAGAAAGGAAUGGAUUUUGAGGAGGCAGUUAUGGUCCCUGCCACAAAGUGGAUAGGUAAUAAUAGCCCUUCAUCAACAGAUUGUAUAAGUGAAAAGCACUUUGGGCAAUUCAUAGCAAGUAAUAAUAAUAUAAAUGUUUAUUGAGACCUUACUCUUUAUGUGCUUUACUAUACUGUCUUAUAGAAAUCUCACAACACUCUGAUGUAGAUAAUAUCAUGAUCCCCAUUCUCCAGAUAAGCCUGUGGCACACAGGCUUAGUUGCUUCCACAGCAUGUGGGGUCCUCCUGGACCAGAGCUUGAACCUGUGUCCCCUGCACUGGCAGGUGGAUUCUUAACCACUGCGCCACCAGGGAAGUCCCCAAAAAUAAAAUUUACUUAAUUAUGUAUAUGUAAUUAAAAGUCAGAAUAAUCGUUGCAGGAAGGGGGGCCAAUUCCAGGGCCUGAGAUUGGGCUCUUGUCUAACGCUUGGAAAUAAGUUGUACAAGGAGACACACUUGGUGACAAAGCAAGAGACUUUAUUGGGAAGGGGCACCUGGGCGGAGAGCAGGAGGGUAAGGGAGCCCAGGAAAACCGCUCUGCCAUGUGGCCUGCAGUCUCAAGUUGUACGGUAAUGGGCUUAGUUUCCAGGUUGUCUCUGGCCAGUCAUUCUGACUCAGGGUCCAUCCUGAUGGCACAUGCAUUGCUCAGCCAAGAUGGAUUCCAGCGAGAAGGAUUCUGGGAGGUUGGUAGGACAUAUCGACUGGCAUUUCCUCUGUCCUUUUGACCUUUCCCGAAUUCUUCUGGUGGGUGGUAGCUUGUUAGUUCCUCGUUCCUUACCAGGAACUCCUGUUGUAAGAUAACUCAUGCAAGUGGUUACUAUCAUGCCUGGCCACUGGCAGGCAGUUUCAGUCAGUGGUUCCCUUAACAUAAUCACAGCAAUAUUUUUUAGAACUUAAAGAUUUUAAAGAACUUAAAGAUUUUUUUUCAGUUGUUUAGAAUUGCUGGCACACAGUGAUCACAAAAAGCAGAAGGGCUUUAGUUGGUUUUAUUACUGGUUUAAAAUUCACUAAAGACAGAGCUCUCUAUUAUUGUCUGCACGGGGCAGAUCUCUUCCAUUGCUCUUCCUUUUCACCCACCAGUGUUCCAUAGUUAAGCUAGUUGAAGCCGGUUUUGUUGAUUUAAUCAUACUUUAUAAUGCAGUCAGGUUUUAGAAGGGAAGCACUGGGAAUUCAUAUUUUUUAAAUGACCAAACCUAAAAUUCCUUAUGCAAUAAAAAUGAUUGCCCAAUGACUUACCUUUCUGUGUACGCAAUUGUCCUAAACUGAAGAAACUCAAGAGGAAAAGAAUCGGAAAGGGACAUGAGGGUUGCAAGUGCAAACUCCCAGAAGAUCCAGAUGAAUGUGGUCCAUGAGUGAGUGAGUGAGGCAGGGGAGAAAAGUGUCGACAUGGAAAGAAAUGCCCUGCCGGAAGUGGCCAGGUGGCAUGAGGUGCGGCCCCUACUCAGCCUCGUCCAAAUGUAUCCUCGUGGGAUGCAGGCCCGUGGUUACCCUGAUCUGGUAAUUUUUUUCAUGAGGAGCCAACAAUCUGAUGUCUGUGUAAGAUCCCUUGAUUUUUAAAUGAUGGAAAUUAAUUCAAACUCUAGAAAACACUGUGCACUGCAAACAAAACACAUCUGCAGCUGCAGUACGCUCGCAGGCUACCAAUUUCCUAAUGAAAAACGCAAGCAGUGAUUGAACCAGUUACAGAAGCCAAGAAAAUAUGCUUUAUUCUUCGAUCCUUUUCCUUUCCCCAAAUGUGACAUUUUAGAAAAAUCCGGAUACACUUACAUCAUAUCCAUAAUCUGCAGCUUAACAAGAAAAGCAGCAUAAUUAAAGAGUCUGAACGUCCAGAGCCCUCCUUUCUCUCGAGUCAGAGCCAAGGAUGGUGUCACCCAGAUGCCUGUUAACUAAGAGACAUACACCAGAUUUAUUUAACCACUGGCAAACCGCAUUUUUUUUUUCCCUAGGGCAAUAAGUUAAAAGAUUAUUUACCUCCCUUGGUUACAAAAAGAGGAAAUACUUCUUCAAAGACUCGGGGUAGCUGCGGCCAGUUCUCCCGGAGAAAUUAUUUUACCACAAAGAUUCAGAGUACAGAGCCCGGAAGCCUUUGCCCACCAGCCUCCCUGCCGCUGCACUGCAUGGGCACCUUCUGAGAAGUGAGUGUUUUAUUAGCCUCCAAAAGUUUCAGGCCCUGAGCAUCUGAUAGUUAAGAACAUCAUUCUAAAUCCCUGUAUGUAGAUUUCAUUUGAUUUGGCAUUUGGCAUAUUAAAAGAGAAGGUUUUUUUCAAAUGAAAGACAAUAGAAGCUGUUCCCCGCUCCCCACCCCCCAUUUCCACAGGGAAUUAAAGCUUUGUGUAUCUUAAUUAAAAAGCUAUUUGCUAAAUCCUUUAACAGAAUUUCUAAGUAUCCUCAAGGUUGGGUUCCUGCAGGGGCCAAACAGAAUUUAAAGCAAGAAUUUGAUGAAGCCUUUGUCCUCUGUGCCCAUUAAGAAUUCUCUGGUUUAAGUUGCAUGGAAGCUGCCCCGUAUGGCCAGGUGGGCAUGGCUUCUCUAUGUGACCUCCCAGAAACACAGAGUCUGCAACUGUGAGUCCCGAGGAAAAGCUUUGCAUGGUCCCAAGCCUUACUGUUAACCCAGUAAAGACCCCAAAGUCUAAUCUCUGACUCUGUCUACCACAAAGAAACAGGCCUAAGAAGGGCAUUUACACGUGAAGGCAGUCAUCUCCCUGUAUAAGAGGAAAAAAACUCAAAAGAAGUGAAGUCUUUCCCUUUUUCACAAAUUAGUUUCUUUUAAAAGAAAAUGUCCAUCUGUAUCAUAUUAUCUCUUUUCUAGUGGUUAUGUUCUGGGUCAAUUUUUUUUCUUUUUUUCUUUUUUUUUGCAAACAACAACAAAAAGGCUAGAAAUGACCAUUAACAAAAACCAAUGUGACCUGAUUAUAUUCUCCCAAAUGUCUAUUUCUGAAAUUUCUAUCAUCAGAGUAUUCAGGUGUUUGGGGCAAGUGUGCUAUUUUAACAUCAAACAAGAAAAGAAAAGAAUAAAGAUAUUCUUGAUCAUAUCGUAAGAUGGGAGGCCAAGUUGCUGACCCCAAUUUUUUCUGGAGGGGUUGGGGUAGGGAGAGGGGAUGAUCAUCUUAAAAUUACCCAGUCCAUUCUAACUACUAGAGCUUCACUUGAUUAAUAGAAAGCCUGUCUUUUAAAAUGGAACCUCGGGACUUCCCUGGUGGUGCAGUGGUUAAGAACCCACCUGCCAAUGCAGGGGACAUGGGUUUGAUCCCUGGUCCGGGAAGAUCCCACAUGCUGCGGAGCAACUAAGCCCGUGUGCCACAACUACUGAGCCUGCGCUCUAGAGCCCACGAGCCACAACUACUGAAGCCUGCGCACCUGGAGCCUGUGCUCUGCAACAAGAGAAACCACCGCCAUGAGAAUCCCAUGCACCGCAGCAAAGAGUAGCCCCUGCUUGCCACAACUAGAGAAAGCCUACAUGCAGCAACGAAGACCCAACGCAGCCAAAAAUUAAAUCAAUAAUAAAAUAAAAUGGAAUUUCUUCAAAAGAACAAUUUUCUAACAGUGAAAUUUCUAGCAUCAGUGGAGAAAAGCUAUUUUUAGAGAAAGAUCCCAUUCCCCAAAACAAUAUGAUAGAGGCACUGUGUAUCUUCCCCUCUGAGCCCAGCUGGCCCUAUAGACCUGCUUAUAUACAUGUGCCCCUCUGGAAAGACCCCUUGAAACCCUGACCACACGAGGCUUCAGAGAACUUGCAGUGAUUUAGAACGUGCUGGAACCGUCCUGAAAGCCUUUCAUUUGGCAGAAGUCAUUCCUGCCCCUUCCUCCUAGUCUCUCAAUUCUGGAAACAUCUCCUCUCAUAGAGAGCUGCACAGUCUAAUAGUUACGUGUCUUAAGAGCAUGGUGUUUGGAGUCAGAAUGCUCAGGACUGAACUCCAACUCUGCAAUUUACAGGAGAGGUUCCCUUAACAGACCUCCAAUGAACGGACUCACCAGCUUAACCAAUGCAAUGUCAUUUCAAAAGCCAGAUAAAAGCCAAACGAGGAGGCUGGGAGAAGAGUGUCCAACGUAGCUGUUCUGAAAACCACCCUCCAUUUCAUUCUGGAGCAGGGAGGUUACACCACACAUCACAAAAGCUUCUCUCCUCGCAGAAAAUUAACUGAGCCAUACAGAUUGUACAAAUCGGGACACAAACUUCUGGGUGGAGCAUUAAAUCAACUGUUAUAUUUCUUCAUUUUGCAUUUAGCAAGGUCAUGGAAGAUCUAGAGGAAACAUUAUUUGAAGACUUUGAGAACUACUCCUAUGCCCUGGAAUAUUACUCCCCAGAGACUGAUUUGGAGGAGAAAGCACACCUAGGAGUCAUUCACUGGGUCUCCCUCGUGUUAUACUGUUUGGCAUUUGUUCUGGGCAUUCCAGGAAAUGCCCUUGUCAUUUGGUUUACGGGAUUCAAGUGGAAGAAGACAGUCACCACUCUCUGGUUCCUCAAUCUAGCCAUCGCAGAUUUCAUUUUUCUUCUCUUCUUGCCCCUGUACAUCUCCUAUGUGGCCAUGAAUUUCCACUGGCCCUUUGGCAUCUGGUUGUGCAAGGCCAAUUCCUUCAUUGCCCAGUUGAACAUGUUUGCCAGUGUUUUCUUCCUGACGGUGAUAAGCCUGGACCGCUAUAUCUACUUGAUCCACCCUGUCUUAUCUCAUCGGUACCGGACCCUAAGGAACUCUCUGAUUGUUAUUAUAGUUGUUUGGCUUUUGGCUUCACUAAUGGGUGGUCCCGCCCUGUUUUUCCGGGACACUCUGGAGUUCAAUAACCACACUCUUUGCUAUAACAACUUCCACGAGCAUGAUCCUGACCUCACGUUGAUGAGGCAUCAUAUUCUGACCUGGGUGAAAGUCAUUGUUGGGUACCUCUUCCCUCUUCUAACAAUGAGCAUUUGCUACUUGUGCCUCAUCUUCAAGGUGAAGAAGCGAAGCAUCCUGAUCUCCAGUAAGCACUUCUGGACCAUCCUGGCUGUGGUCACUGCCUUUUUGAUUUGCUGGACUCCGUAUCACCUGUUUAGCAUUUGGGAGCUCACGAUUCACCACAAUAGCUAUUUCCACCAGGUGCUGCAGGCCGGAAUCCCCCUCUCCACUGGCUUGGCAUUCCUCAAUAGUUGCUUGAACCCCAUUCUUUAUGUCUUAAUUAGUAAGAAGUUCCAAGCACGCUUUCGGGCCUCAGUUGCUGAGAUACUAAAAUAUACGCUGUGGGAAGUGAGCUGUUCUGGCACAGUAAGUGAACAGCUCAGGAACUCUGAAACCAAGAAUCCAUCUCUCCUGGAAACAGCCCAGUGAAUUCUUACUCUUGCACAGAUCAUAUGGCUUUUGUGUGGGUCCCCUGACAGAUGCUUUCGGAUUGUUUGGGUCCAAGACAUAGAGCUGACUGUAUCUUUUUAUUGUUUUUGGUCAUUUUAUUGGCAUCAUAUUUUUCUACUGAUAUAAAACAUAAGAAGGAUCUUCAUUUUUUUCCAGCAACUUAAAUUAUCUGUGUUAUUCUUGCUAAUUAUACUGUAGUGGAUUAACACUAUUUUUUCAAUUUUAAUGACUUUUUAAAAGUUCUAAAUCUUAAUAUUAAAUAUAUGACUAAUUUCAAAAAUAUAAAAAUAUGUGUGCUUAAGCUCACUUUAAUUUUGCACAAGUAACCUAUUAAGACCUAGUCUUAAAAUACAACAUAUGUACUUAAUUUCUUUAUUUCAUGUAAUCUGUAUUUGCAUUUAUGAAUUAAAGUAAUAGUUGGUUAGAGUAGGUUAAAACUGUCCCAAAAUCUAGUCGCUUAAAAUAGCAAUUUAUUAUUAUUAUUAUAUCUCACAAGUCUGAGGAUCAGCAAUUUAAACAAGGCACAGAAGGGAGGUUUGCCUCUCUGCUUCGCAAUAUCCAGAGCCUCAGCUGGACCAGGAUGACCCAGCUGCCUGAGGUUUAGAACAGCUCAGGACUGGCUGAGCGGCUCUCCUCCCUUCUCCCCAUCCCCUUCCCUUCCUUCUCCUUCCCCUCUCUCUCCUCCCCUUCCCUCCUCCCUUCUUCUCCUCUCCUUUCUUCACACGGGUAUUCCAGCAUAGCACCUCAGGGUUAGCCAGACUUAUAUGGCAGUGUAGGGCUCUAGAGACCAGGGUAGAAAUUUCUACUCCUCUUAAAGGCUAUGCCAGACACUGGCACAGUAUCACUUCCACUGUACUCUAUUGACCAAAGCAGUCACUGGCCAGCUCAGAUUCAAAGGGAGGGGACAUAUACCCUACCUCUCAAUGGGGAUAUAUGCCCAUCUUUAAUUCCCCAUGAUAUCAUUAUAAACAUUAAUGUUGGGCUUCCCUGGUGGCGCAGUGGUUGAGAGUCUGCCUGCCAUUGCAGGGGACAUGGGUUCGUGCCCUGGUCUGGGAGGAUCCCACAUGCCGCGGAGCGGCUGGGCCCAUGAGCCAUGGCCGCUGAGCCUGCGCGUCCGGAGCCUGUGCUCCGCAACAGGAGAGGCCACAACAGUGAGAGGCCCGCGUACCGCCAAAAAAAAAAAAAAUUAAUGUUUUUGGAAAAUUCUGAGUAUGUAUAUAUGCAAAUAAGUAUAAGAUUGCUAUAAACAUGAAACACUGACAUCCAGAUAGUAGAUAGGCCAGCUCAAUAUCAGAAUGAUUUCAGGAAAAUAAAGCAUGUAUGACGUAUUGAUAUAUUUCUACCUUCUAUUCCUAUAUUUAUAAGACCAAUAAAGUAUACCUUUAAGUCAGUGACCUCUUCAUGGUGCAAAUCUGUUGCACUUAAGACUAAUAGUAUUUUGACUUCUGUUCAUUUAUGCCUUUAGCAAAUAGAUGAAUAAGAGUUAUACAGAACCAUGGUAGACAGAUACUGUGAGGGAUGCCAAGAUGCAUAAGGUACUUAUAGGGGGUGAGAUUAAACUUGCAUAAAAACAAUCCUAAAACAAGGUAGACAGUAGUAAGUGCCGUAAGAGAGCCAGGACAAAUGUAGACUGUUCAGAGGAAAGAGAUGGCCUCCAGUGUGCAGGUCAAGAAACACUGGAAAUCUAUGUCCUUGCAGUUGGGGUUUCCUAAAGAUCCUGCUCCUUUUUCACGUCUCUGUUUGUACCCUGUCUUUUAUGAAUACAAACUCUGCUAUUCACUGCAAUUUUAAAAACAUUUAAUUUUCUAUAAUUUCUCGGUUUUAUUUUGAAAGUCGUGAGGGGAGCUAUGUUAUUCCUUGAAUCGGUAUCCUUUUUUAUUUCAUCUCAUAGUUUUUAAAAAUGCUAAGAUCAGAUCAUUUAUUGGCUCUGUUCUUUACUGUUAGCCCCAUGCAACAAUCAGAUCUGGUUUGGAAAUCAUUCCAAGAAAAAAAAUGUGUGGCAUAGCUCAGCCUAUCCCAAAUUUCUGUCGUUCCCAAGAUUCCUGGCUUCCGCCAUACUCAGUAUGGGUUAAGGGAAGACAAGGAGAGAAAGGCUCAUUGUGAGUUUCCAGCCCUUUGUGCAGCCUUGAACCCGGCCCCUGCACCACCAGGGCUUGCGAUAUUCCACUCUGGUGUCCCCCUCGACCCUCAAUGGACAGGCUCUCAGGAUCAGGAGAAAAGCUGGAGGAUCCAAGAAAGAAAAGAGAAUUCUGUAGGUUCAUCCCUAGUUUGGGCAAAGGGAGACACUGACUCUGAAGGCUGGGGGAGAAAGAGGAAGGCUGAGGAGCAGGAAGGAAGGGGAUUAAGCAACCAGGGGCAAGAGUACUUACAGAGCUGGUGGUGGUCGGGAAGUUACAUUUCAGGGCGGUGCUUCCUAAGCUUUGUGAGUUAGGAACCCGGGCGGAGCUGUUCGUUUUUCCCACGCUACGGGCUACAGGCACAGUAUCUAGGGCCUGUGAGCUUUCCAGAGGCCUAUGAAAAUAUUUGAGAUCCUGAAAAGUAUCAUUGGCUCUAGAAUAGAAAAAGAAAACUUGAGGGAAUUCCCUGGUGGUCCAGUGGCUAGGACUCCGAGCUUUCCGUGCCAGGGGCCUGGGUUCGAUCCCUGGUCGGGGAACUAAGAUCCAGCAAGGCUCGCAGCAUGGCCAAUAAAUAAAUAAUAAAUAAUAAAUGACUUGAAAAGUCAGAAUUAAUAAAUACUCUGAAUUCAUUUGAAAAUCGAUUGAAAGUUAUGGGUUCUUUCCCCAGGAAAAUGCUUUUAAAUAAAAUUUCAGGGGAUCCUUGUACCCUAGGCUAAGAACUCCAGUUUUAGUGGCUUUUUAAAUAGCUGAGAGUGGGGCUGUGACUUACAGGAAUCUACUAGUAGAAAGUAGCAACCAGGGCAGGAACUUUCCAGCAGAAACAGGAGUUAAUUUUUUAUUCUCAGCUUGAGGGAAGAUCUAAAGUGUAGCAUAGGACCCAAGCUUGGACCCAGCAUUGGAGACUCCCCAGCCAGCUUCCACCCCUGGCAGCUGGAAUCUGGAUAGUGGGGCUCUCCAGGGGUCUAAUGACCCCUAAUGGGCAGGAUGAGUGACUGAAAGGACAGAGGGGCUGGAGGAGAGGAGGGCACUGGGGCAAUUUGAGGAGGAAGCAAGGAAGCUCAAUGCCUAGUUGGCAGGAGAAUAAAGAAUCUCAGGGCUCCCAGGGACUGGGGCAUAAACCCAACAAGACAGACCUGGCUCCCUCUCGAUGGAAGGAAGCUCUUCGAAACAGUGGGCAAGUUUCAGGGACUCCAGAGGCAGGAUAUCUGGCUUUGCAUUAUGGCUCCAAUAUAUCCUAGCUCUAUGACCUUGGCUAAAUUAAUCCAAAUUUCUAGACCUCAGUUUCCCCCAUCUGCAAAAUGGGAUCACAAUAGUAGUAACUGCCACAUAGGGUUAUUAUGAAAAUUAAAUGAAUUGACACAGGUAAAGCACUAAAAGUGGUGCUUAGCCCUAUAAAUACCUAUUAUUAAUAUAAUAUUACCUGGUAUUAUACAUAUGCAGUGAAACUCUUGGCACCUUCUGACAUAGUAAUUACCUAGUAAAUGUUAGAUCCCUUCUUCCUCUUGAAUGAAUGUAAAAAUCUCAUAGGAAGAAUAAGGGAACUUACACAAAGAACUUCAAAAUUUAUACAUUUUAUUAAAAAAUUCAUAAAGUUUAUUGGGAAUUCCCUGGUGGUCCAGUGGUUAAGCCUCCAUGCUCUCACUGCCUAGGGCCUGGGUUCAAUGCCUGGUCAGGGAACUAAGAUCCCACAAGCCGCGAGGUGUGGCCAAUUAAAUAAAUUAAUUAAAUGUUUUCUAAAUUUUUUUAAAUUUACACAGUUUAUAAAUACUAUAAAAGGAUAUGGGCUGAGAGGCUGCAAGGGGCAGGAAAAAGUAGACUGAAAGACUUCUUGAAAGAGGUAAUUUAAGUGCAGUUUGAAGAAUGACUAUAAUUUUAACAAGUGCAGGUGAAAAAAGGCUAUUUCAGGUAGGUGGCAUAGCAAGAGCAAAUGUUCAGAGGCUGGAAAACAGGCUACGUUCAGAAAAGAGAGACUAGUCCCAUUUUAUAGGGACAAAGUGAGGAUAGAAGAUUCCCAGGUUGGAAUCAGGCUUGAAUAGUAAUUCAUAGUUCUUUAAUAUUCUCACAUAUGAGCAGUAGUUCUUUUUUUUUUUUUUUUCCGCACUACGCAGGCCUCUCACUGUUGUGGCCUCCUGAGCAGUAGUUCUUUAGGUGAUGCAUACUUAGAAGUCUACGGACAGUUUCCUUUGAUUUUUACUUUACUAAAAGCUAUUCAGGCCAAUAACAUUCCAAAUGACAGACUUCCAUUUGGGACAUUUUCUAAAUGCAACUAAUAUCAUCCAUACGGGGCAUGUAUUGAGAGAAUAUCUGUUUAACUGUCUUAAUUUUCAUUUUAGGUUUACACUUAUGUGAUUUUAACGUUCUUACUUUUCCUAAUUGAGGGUAUGAAGAAAGGGUUACGUGAAACAGAAUCAAAUUUCUAAAAGCAGGGAUGAAGAACUUUCCCCAUUAUUGCCAAUACAUUAUCUGGCCCAUGAAGACCUGGUUUUGAGUUCCUCCUCUCUCACUUACUAGGUGGAUAACUGGGGAAUCAUCUUUCAGAGUUGUCUCCUCACCUGUAAGUGCUGAUAACAGUGUUUGCCUUUAUCUCACAGGCUUAUAAUGGGGUUCAUAUUAGACAAUGUAUGUGAGGCAUGCAUUUUUUUUCCUUUUUUGUUCUAAGGACACAUAACUGCCAUUGCCAAAUGUAUUUGUUUGGGAAAAAAUGACA